AUGAGCGGAAUGCCGGAAAUGUAUCCCCUCGCCCGUGACAGGGCCGAGUCCCAUCGGCAAGUACUCAACGAGCAGCACAAAGUCCUUGUCGACUUUGUCGAAGGACCUAUAGACCAGUCCGUGCCACUGGAGAACAUCUCUGCCAUUGCUGACGUUGCUACUGGGACCGGAAUAUGGCUCUGGGAUGUUAAGAAGUUGCUCGACAAGCAUGCAGGCGAGUCUGAGCGGUCGUUCCACGGCUUCGACAUCUCCGCAGCGCAAUUCCCACCAGCUCUCGAGGGCAUCCAUCUCAGCGUCCAGGACGUAUUCCAGCCGUUCCCCACCGAGCACCACAACCGCUAUGACUUGGUCAACGUCAGGCUCCUGGUCACUGCGUUUCCUGAGUCAGAGUAUCAGAAGGCCGUCAACAAUCUCCUGACCAUCUUGAAGCCCGGAGGCUACCUGCAGUGGGUUGAGAUUGACUUCUCAGAGUUGGCGACCGAUCACCCUAGAGCUUCACCGGUGACUGACACUUGGCUGAAGUUCUGCGAGAUUACAAAUAUAAGCCAACGCGCUCCAGGCGUGAUCCAGAGCGCCUACCAGAACGCUGGGCUUCUGAACAUCGUCAACCGACCAUUCUCGCCUCGCAAUCGACAAGACCUGCUCGAAAGAAUCCAAAAGUGGCAAACGGGGUUUUACACCAGCGUGAUGCCUCUCAUUCUUCUCAAGACCAGAAACGUGGCUGACAGUGACGCGGCGAACAAGAGAGCUGCAGAGAUUCUUCGAGACCUGCAGCUCUACUACGCUGAAGGAAAUGUUGUCGAUACCAGGUUUGGUGAUUCCUCCGCCCCCGAGCCUAUCGUCGACGAUCCGUCCGCCCAGCAUGCCCCGGCGCAGCUCGACUUUGGUGCCGAUGCCGCUGAGCUAGCCCUAGCAGCGAACCGGAUUGCUGGUAUUGAUCUCCCCACACGCCACCUUGACCGUUAG